AUGGCAAGCCGCCUAGGUAUGUCUUGCCACCCUGUGGAUGGCGGCGCUGCUGUUGUCACUCAAUGGGCAAGAACACCCGGAGAAGCCACUGGACUAAUCAUUCUCCCACGCAGCACGGCUAGCAAGAUCGCGGCGAAGCUCCCGGCGCUACCGAAGAACAUCCACGAAGACAUCCGUACCCUGCCGAACCUACUGACGCUCUCACGUCUCGUCGCCGCGCCCUUUGUCGGCUACUUCAUCCUUCACGACCAGCACGCCUGGGCGCUAGGCCUGUUCGCAUACGCCGGCGUGACGGAUCUGUUGGACGGCUGGAUCGCACGGCGAUGGAAGCAGCAGACGGUCGUCGGCACCGUCAUCGAUCCAAUGGCGGAUAAGACGCUCAUGACCAUCCUGACGGUGUGUCUGGCGGCGCAGGGGUCGCUUCCGGUGUGGCUCGCGGCCAUCAUCCUCGGCCGCGAUGUAGGCCUCGCCAUGUCGGCCAUUUACUACCGCUGGAUCUCCCUGCCGCCUCCCAAGACCUUUGCGCGGUAUUGGGACUUUUCCCUCCCUCGGCCGAGCAAGUACAACACGUUCCUGCAGCUCGUCCUCAUCGGCAUGACGACCGCUGCCCCCGUGUUUAGCUACGAUCUCUCGACGCCAUUGACCAUCAUGCAGUACGUUGUAUCCCCCACCUUCGCCCCUUGUUCGUUUACUGCGGCUGGACUGUGGAUGGGGACGGCAAGGAGAAGAUGCCAUGAGUAUACUGACUUGGGUGGUAGGUACGUCGUGGCUACCACGACCGUCUGGAGCGGUGCGAGUUACAUCUACACCAAAGAUGCGGUCAAGAUCUUGACGCCGCCCAAGAAGCCGCCCACCAAGGUUUAA